AUGGCCGCCGUUCAAAGACGGCCUUCCGCAUCACGACGCUCUGAAGCUGGCCCAAGCAGCAACCGAGAUGCAAACAGCCGCAACAGGAUGUCGGCCACGUCGGGUACGAGUAGUAGUCAAACCGACCCCGACGCGAAGAUCCUCGGUCAAUGGCGUAUGGGACGCACGAUUGGCAAGGGAUCAUCAGGUCGCGUAAAGGUUGCAAAGCACCACCUAACGGGCCAGUAUGCUGCCGUCAAGAUUGUGCCCAAGGGCCUCAUCAUGUCAUCCCGACUGUCGAUGAACGAGGCCGGUGCACGCGCGGACAGGCUCCUCCUCGGCAUUGAGCGCGAGAUUGUCAUCAUGAAGCUCAUCGACCACCCUAACGUGCUCUCGCUCUACGACGUGUGGGAGACCAACACCGACCUUUACCUGAUCAUGGAGUACGUCCCCGGAGGCGAGUUGUUCGACUACCUUGUCAAAAGAGGACGUCUGCCUCCGGAUGAGGCCCUGCACUACUUCCAGCAGAUCAUCUACGCCGUCGACUACUGCCACCGGUUCAACAUCUGCCAUCGCGACUUGAAGCCAGAAAACCUGCUACUCGACAAGGACAAGAACAUCAAGGUCGCAGACUUUGGCAUGGCUGCUUGGCAGGCUGAUGAGCGCAUGCUCGAGACGUCAUGUGGAAGUCCCCACUACGCGUCUCCAGAGAUUGUCGCGGGCAAGGCGUACAAUGGUUCCGCGAGUGACAUCUGGUCGUGUGGCAUCAUCCUCUUUGCCCUUCUCACCGGCCGGCUGCCCUUCGACGACGACAACAUCCGGGCGCUUCUUCAGAAGGUCAAGGUUGGCCACUUUGACAUGCCGGACGACAUUGUCGGUCCAGCGCGUGACCUCCUCUUCCGCAUGCUGGAGAAGGACCCAGAACAGCGUAUCACGAUGGCCGAGAUUAUCUCGCACACCUUCUUCCAGUCGCGUCUUCCUCGUCUGACUGGCGGACGCCGGCUCCCAGCACCACCAUCAUUAGCCGACAUGGCCCGCCCCGUGUCUGCUCAAGAGAUUGACCCCGACAUUCUGUCCAACCUCAAGACGCUGUGGCACGGUGCCACCGACAGUCAAAUUUACUCUGAGCUCAUGAGCUCGGAGAAGACGUGGGAGAAGGCAAUUUACCACCUCUUGGUCAAGUACCGCAACCGUCAUCUGGAGAAUUACAACAUGGAUGACGACGAGGACAGUGAUGAUGACGCGUCGGACACGGAGAACCGCCCGCGCCCUCACGACCGUCCGUCGAGCCGCAACCAGCAAUACCAAACGGCCAAGGUCUCGGCAGAGCGUGCCCGUAUCACCCCCUCGCCCCAGCCCCAGCAGCAGAUCCGCCGCAAACCCGCUCCGCUCGCCGAGAACGAAUCAUAUGGCAACGCCACCCCUCCGCCACGCCCCCAGGCGCCGACGCCGAAGAAGGCGGCCGGCGACGGUGCUGCCACUGUUACCCAUCACCACUCGAGGCUUGCGGCUCCCGCUCGCCUCACGGGGCAGCACCCAGCUGGUCCUCGUUCCCCCGUUGGUCGCUCAUCAGCCGCACCCGCCAUCACAUUACAGGAGGCUACUCCUGUCAAGGACGGCGCCGCGGCCCUGCCUGCACAGGUCACGUCAAGACGCCCGCUUUCGCCUACGAACCCAGGAUCACCCCUUCCGCCGCCGCCCCAGGUAGGCCCCGAGCUGCAUAACUGGCUCUACGAGCUCUCCAACCAGGUCAACGAGAUCAACAUCCGCUCCUCCAACCAGGUCAACGAGAACGUCCGCCUUUCAACCGUGUCGUCGAACUCCGCAAACUCAAACUCGGCACUGCAGACCCCAGAGUUCCUCAACUACAUGGCUUACAUGUCUGCGCAGUCGCCAGUGACCUCCCCCACCACCGAAACGGCCGAACUCGGAUCUGUUUCGCACGACUUCGGCCAGUUUGCUGAUGCCGACGACGACGAGACUGAGGCUACAUCGCUGUGCUCCGUCUCGGUGGACCCACAUGCCACCGCCCGUAUCUACGCGCCAUCGCCCAUCCCUCAGUCCCCUAUUACUGGUCUAGGUCUGGGAGCAGCCCCCCGAGCACCAUCUCGUAACAGUGGUCCGCCUCCAGUGUCUGGCCGAUGGAGCCAGCAGUCUUCCCAGGCUAUCCACCGCCCGCCUUCCCGCGGCUCCACCCAUGCGUCCGAGUCGCCGGCGUUCUACACUCCCAGCCCUGGCUUCAACGGGACGUUUGACAUCCCCACCUACCCCAGUCGCCCACCCACUACCACGGUGCCCCUGCCUGCGGUGCCUCCUCAGACCCUCAAGGCAGGGCGUUCAGCUCCUCCCCCUCCCCCCAAGAACGCGUCGCGUCCGUCGCGUUCGGCGCCUCCACCACCGCGCGCUUCGGUUCGUCAACACGAGCAGGUCGAGUCUAUGCUCGCUCGCGACAACUCGUACGUCAUGGUCGGCUCGGCCGACGAUCUGCCCGAGGACAGGAUGGCUAGCUGGGGAAGUAAGAGAGGUUCGGGCUUCAGCGCCCAGAUCGGUGCCGACGGCUUUGGCAACAUCCUCAAGAAGCGCAGAAAGGUGCACCCCGAGCCCGUGGAUUAUUCGAUCUCCUCAUCAUCGGGUUCGAUCAACGGCCCCAGGACUGGCUGGUUCACCAACAUGUUUGCCUUCAAGCCUGCUCCAGUCGAGAUCCGUGUCAACAGCAUUGACAUCAGCGAGGCUCGCGACAAGACCCGUCGUGCGCUCAUCUCGCAGAAUGCUCGUGUCAGCGUUGUUGACAUCAACGGCGUCCGUGGCUUCAAGGUCAGGAUGGACGACUCGCGCGGCUUAUAUGGCGAGAUUGUCAAGGCCAUCAAGUUCCGUGUCGAGUUCACGCGCGCGGCUGCUGGAUCCAAGGUGUACACGAGCGUGUCGCUCAGCCUCGAGAAGGGCGCCCAGUCGUCUUUCAAGGCCAUGUACAACCGACUCCAGGAGACACUUCAGUCCGAGUCGGUCCCUUCGACGCCGACCGACCGUUCAAAGUACUCGUCGACCUUCUCGCACCGCGCCUCCAUCACUCACGGCUCGUCAUUAGCCCCUCCCAUUCAACGUUCCAGCAUUAGCAACCCCACGUCUCCGAAACUGAACGGUGUUGCUCUCCCUCGCACCAUCCGGUAA